AUGAAGUUCUUUGCCACUACCCUUGUCAUCGCCGCCACUUCAGCUGCUAUCAUGGCUAGUUCCUCCGGAACGAGCAGUUUCGAGCUGUGUAAGGAGUGGAUUGAAGAUAGUGAUUGCCCCGCCGGCUUUAAAUACAACGAGCUGGCUAAAGAUGCCCGAAUCAAGCCUCAUGGAGUUUCCUAG